UAGUUCAACGUAGCUAUCGCUAGCUCUGUACACACGAACACACCGUUUUCCUACCAAAUUUCUAGUAAAAUUACUUGCGGUCUAAUUGCCACGAAACAUUAGCUAUGCCUCCCAAAAAGGCUCCAGCGCCCAGCAAGAAAACUGAGCAAAAGAAGAAAGAAAAAGUUAUAGAGGACAAAACAUUUGGUUUAAAAAACAAAAAAGGGUCAAAGCAACAGAAGUUUAUUCAGCAGGUGCAAAAACAAGUUAAUAGUGGAGGCAUCCACCCUCGGACUGAUAAUAAGAAGAAGGACGAAAAGGAAAAGAAAUUGCAAGAACAAAAGGAAUUGUCUCUGAUUUUCAAACCAGUUCAGAAGGUGGAAAAGGGCACAGAUCCCAAAUCAGUUGUGUGUGCAUUCUUUAAACAAGGAACAUGUACAAAAGGUGACAAAUGUAAAUUUUCGCACGACUUGUCUGUAGAGAACAAAGCUGAAAAGCGCUCUAUAUAUGUGGAUAUGCGCGAUGAUGUUGAUGAGGAUGACAUGAAGAACUGGGAUGACGCAAAACUAAAGGAAGUUGUUGACCAGAAGCAUUCCAGUGAGAAGAAAAGGCCAACCACUGAUAUUAUCUGCAAAUAUUUUAUUGAAGCUGUCGAGAAGUCAAAAUAUGGUUGGUUUUGGGAGUGUCCAAAUGGUGCAACAUGCAUCUACCGCCAUGCUUUACCGCAGGGCUAUGUGUUAAAAAAAGAUAAGAAGAAGGAAGAGAAACCCACAGAGAUUUCAUUGGUAGACUUAAUCGAAAAGGAGAGAGCAGCACUUGGAUCUAAUACUACAAAGGUUACAUUAGAAACAUUUUUGGCUUGGAAGAAAAGAAAAAUUCAAGAGAAGAAAGAUAAAAUGGCAGCCGAUGAGGAACGCAAAAAGAAUGACUUUAGUAAAGGCAAACAAUUUGGUAUAUCUGGAAGAGAAAUGUUCAGCUUUAAUCCAGACUUGGUCGAUGAUGGUCCUAUGGAUGAUGGCGAUGCUGCUUUUGACAAUUAUAAGCGAGAGGAAAAUGAAGAAGAUGUUGAAUACAAAGAGCUCGACUUGGCAUACUUAUCUAUGUCGGCCCAGGAGGCUGACGGAUCAGGCACGCAAGCAUCAGCAACGCGUUUGCAAGAACAAUCCGAUGCUUUGGAAGCAGUGGCGGAAGAAGAUGACGACUCUAAAGAUUCAAAUACACCUGCCACAGAUGCCGCUCCCAUAAAUAAAGAUCUAUUUAUGGGGUUGGCGGACGAACUUGAUGACUUGGAUUUGGAAGACGAGGACGAAGAGGAAGACGAUUAGAAUGUAAUGUUGGUGCCACAAAUAGCAUUCAAACUACAAAAUAUUGUUUUUAAAAUAAUCAAGUUUGUUGCCACACAGAAAACAGGACUCUUAAAAUAUAAAUAUAGCGAAU